GAGAGGCUGCUCGAGAACACAGUAGAAGAGUUGGAAACCAGUAAACAUCAACUGGAGACACUGAGAAAUGAAUUGCAAGACAAGAACAGUCGACUACAACUACUUCUUGAGGAAAACAAACUACUGAAAAGUUCUGGUGAGAAAUCUCUGGGUGAAAAAUAAUAGUGAACACAAGCCUUAUGUUAAAGAUUGUGCCGUAAAUAAUACUGUAGUUUUAUGUAGUGUACGAAUAUAUGCAGUAUUUCAAAAUAAUGCCUUCUUACUGGUGAAGAAACAUCAGUCUUAACAGCACCUGUAAGAAGAACACACAGCAAGGAGUGGAAUCCUCCCUACAUGAGUGGAGAAACAGCUUCAGUGAUGGUUUCUGGAUCAGAGCUCAGACUGGUUCUGCUUGGCAGUGCUGGAUGUGAGAAGAGCUCAGCACGAAACUGAAGAAUCAGACUGAUACAUCAGCAGAGACACAGCAGAGUGAGAUCAAACAGGAGGAGGUGGAUGGGAAGCAGGUGACUGUGGUGGAAACUCCUGACUGGUUCUGUUCUGGACUCUCUCUGGUGGAAGUGAGACAAGAUGUGAGACGCUGUAUCCGUCUGUCUGCUCCAGGACCUCACGCCUUUCUCCUGGUCAUACCAGUGCAUCAAUCUACUGGAGUAGUGAGAGAGAUGAAGGAGAAAAUUGAGGAGAUUUUUGGGCAGAGAUGGUGGGAGAACACCUUGAUUCUUUUUACAGUCACUGAAAAUGAACAAGAGAAGAACAUUGAGGAUUUUGUUCAAUCAGGGAAUCAGGAGAUCCAGAGACUUGUAGAGAAAUGUGGGAACAGGUUUCACUGUCUGAACAUUCAUCAGAGUGAAGAUGGUUCACAGGUCUCAGAGCUGCUAGAGAAGAUUGAGAAGAUGAUGGAAGGAAACACACAGAGAUCCUACAGCAGUGAGAUCUACCUGGAGGUAGAGUCUCAGAUCAGAGCAAUGGAGAGAAACAUCAUAAGAGACAGAGAGGAGAGAAAAGAGAGAGAGGAGAGAGAGAUUAAAAAAAGUAUAGAAAAUGAGUUGCAGAAUUUCCUGAGAAAGAUAGAGGGAAUGAUUGAGGAAAAUGAUGGAGAUAUCAAACAACUCAAUGAGCGAACAGGUGAACUAGAGAGACAGAUGAGAGAAGAAAGAGAUGAAGAGAAAAAGAAAGAACUAAUGAGAGAGUUGGAUAAAGAGGUGCGGAAGAGGACAGAGCUCAAGAGAGAGAUUGAUCACCUGAAAGAUCACAGAGAGAGGGAGAGAAAUGAGAUGGAGGAGAGACACAGACAGGAGAUAGAGAAGAUUAGGCAGGAGUAUGAAGAGAUCAGGUUUGAGGCAGAAAAAAAACACAUGAAGGUCAUCUUGUCUAAACUUCAUAGAAACAUGUUGGACUCAAGGUUAAAGAUGCAGGAGGAGAUUAUCAAACAGAUGGAGGAAAGGAACAGAGAGUCAGAGACACUGAAGAAGAAGCUUUCUGAACUCAAUGAACGUUACUUAUUAAUGUGUGAGUUUCAUGAAUCAGCACUGAAAAACCUAAAAUUCUCUUAAAGAGUACAUAACAUAAGAUCAUGAAAAAGACUUUUCACGCAGUGUAUAGUUUUCUGUGUGUGAGUCGUCCCUAGUCCGAUUCGGGAACCGCCGCAGAUUUACGUCACUACAUAUAGUCCCACCUACGCUUUGCAAGGAUUACCCGCGAAAACUUCACUCUUCUCCCCCAAACACUGUGGGCAUUUUCCAAACGGCAUUUAUGUGCUCUUGAAGGGGACGCCAUUUGUAGUGGUGCUCCGAACGAAAGUGUACACCUGAAACCCUUCGCUAAGGGUCCUUACAAAAGCCUCUUAGCGAAGGGUACAUGCCAUGGUCACUUCAAGGAAGUGAGUUCUGUUUGUGAUCAUGUGAUGUUGGAUUACGAGUUCCCGCGAGGCAUUUUGAAGCAAAUAUGGUGCAGGAUUUUGACGUUACCUACAAAUGUUAGUACAAUAAUUUACUUUGUAUCUGUUUAAGACUAUUUUUGUGAAUGAUAAAUAUGAUUUAUGAUGGUAAAAAUACAGUAUAAGAUCAAUUAGUUCAUAGGAAAAUAUGUUUAUUAUGUUUAAAAAUAGAGGGGGGCACGGUGGCUUAGUGGUUAGCACGUUCGCCUCACACCUCCAGGGUUGGGGGUUCGAUUCCCACUUCCGACUUGUGUGUGUGGAGUUUGCAUGUUCUCCCCGUGCCUCUGGGGUUUCCUCCGGGUACUCCGGUUUCCUCCCCUGGUCCAAAGACAUGCAUGGUAGGUUUGAUUGGCAUCUCUGGAAAAAAUUGUCCGUAGGUGUGAGUGCGUGAGUGAAUGAGUGUGUGUGCCCUGCGAUGGGUUGGCACUCCAUCCAGGGUGUAUCCUGCCUUGAUGCCAGAUGACUCCUGAGAUAGGCGCAGGCUCCCCGUGACCCGAGAUGGUUCGGCUAAGCGGUAGAAAAUGGAAUGGAAUGGAAUGUUUAAAAAUAGCUACUUGUUUAUAGGUUUCCUUACUUCCUUUAUUAAUACCAAGUGGAGUGAACACUUCACCAAAAUGGUGAAAUAAGACAUACUUAAUAUUCAACAAGAAGUUUAAAAAUGUUGUGUAUUUUCAACAAACGAGCGCUGGAUUCAGAAAGCACGUGCGGCGUUGUCAAUGUAACAUUUGGUAAGUCAUUCCCUUUGUGAAGAGAGUUCCCAACGCAUUCACGAGAGACAGUUUUGCCAUAUACUGAAAGAUCAUAGAGAGGAGAUGAGUGAGAUGGAGGAAAGACACAGACGAGAUGGAGGAGAUCAUACAGAUGUGUGAAGGAGAGAUCAAGGUCGAACAGAGAGGAACCUAAUGAAGAAUAUCUUCACUGAACUACAGAAACACAUUUUAGACUGAAAGUUAAAGAUCCAGGAGGAGUUAAGCAGACAGAUGGAGGAGAAGAACCGAGAAUUAGAGACACUAAUAAAUAACUAUUACGUAAUGUGUGAGUUUCAUGAAUCAGCAAUGAAGGUCCUGAAAUCCUCCUUAAAUCCAAUUUAAGAAAGAAAAUAUGACAGUUAAUGAUACGAGUGUGUGAUGAGUUUGACAAAAAACCUUAUUGAAAUGACUUUUUAAGGCCAUCGUAUCCGAAGGUAAAACUUUAUGGAGUACAAUGAGUGAAAUACUGUAAAUUUACUGUCUUACAAUGAAGUGAAAGUGUAUUUUUGAUUUGUAUACUUCUAAAAAAAAUCUCACAUUUCAAUUAUGAAUAUAUAUAAUUAUGAAUAUUAUUAUAACUCACUCUUUCUCUCAACAGGUAGUGGUCUAGCUUUUAUUGAAACUGGUAACUUUGUUUUAGCACCUAUAGUACUGUUAUUCCUGUAUGACAUCACUUAUUGCUCCCUAAACUCUUUUUAAGUCGCUUUGGAUAAAAACCUCUGCUAAAUGUUAAUGUAUUAUGACCACAAGGUGGCGCUCAGUCUUAGCUUGUCUGCACUGUGAUGACUCGAAUGACUAGAAUGAA